CAGGAACCACUGUGGUACACACAAAAGCUCUCCAACUAGUAGACUAGGCCUAUAUAAAGUAAUUCAUCGGAUUAAACGACUCAUUUGUUACAAUGUUAAGAUAACUUUCACUGGAAAUGUAUGUUUGGAUCAACUGCCUGGGACUCGACGCUAUCUUAAAAAAUAGCUGCUGAGAAUGUGUGAAUUUCGCGGACGUACACAAUCUAAAUCUGUCAGUCGAAACAUUAUUUUUUUCAGCAGAUAUCUACAAGAUAAGCUAGCAAAAGCAGUUUGUCGUUUAUGUGUGUGGUAGUUAUUAUUCAGUUGGGGAAAUCCCACGAUCUCUACCAAACUAAUGUUAGCUUAAGUUGACAUGAUGGUUUAAGUUGUCUGUCGUGCCAAUGUUGACGUUGGAUCAGAACAGCGGUUUGGCAUAUAUAACGUGUAUAUUAAUAAUAUACAGUCUAUGGUUUGGCGGGGUGCUGCCAUGGCAACGACUAGAGCGUCAACCAGUGACUGUAAAAAGACAACAUGUCCGGGGGAGCGACACGUCGUGAAAAGAGAGAGCAACCAAAAGCAAAGGACAAUAAGCUACAGUGAAAUGAAAGUGAUUCUGGACUUGAGGAAUCAUCAGAUCUGUAUGAAGGAAGCUGCCCUGCUGGAUUACUAUGUCUGUGGCUUCUGGUGGGCGAAAGAGGCCAACUUCACCCCCAUAAAGAUCUCCUUCACCAUGGCUGUACUGCACAUGCUGCUGGAUAACAUAAGAGAGAAACAGAUGGUUUUAGUGGAGAACUUGAUGGAGUUUGCUAAGGCCUUAUGUGCUGCCUGCAAGUGGUCGACUUCAAAGGAAGACAGCCCUCCACUUCUAGACAGAGAAGAAGCCACGGCACUCAUAAGUUACAUCAGAAACAGUCUGUUUCAGAAAUACAGACUCUAUGAGCUUCUGUUCACCACAUCCAGAGAGGAGCUACUGACAGGCAUGGAGAGGACCAUUGAGGUGUUGAGCUGUCAGGAUGCUCUCACUCCCUUGGAGGAAGGUAUUUCCACUCACCUCUCCUUCCACUAAAUGGCUCUGCCUGUUAUCCAGACAAAUGAACAGGUGACGAUGGAUAGAGGGAUAGCAUCAGUGUGAGCUGUGACUUGCGAUUCCUUUGUCGUCCACAGUAGGGCGUUGUCUGUCUGUGGAAUCAGACUGUACAUAAGCAGUCCACAUGUCAUCUUUGUCCUUACUUUUGCUUUGUUUCUGUACCUUUCACACAGUCCAUGUUGUUAGACUGCCUCACAUGGAUCAAAUGACCUAUAAACUAGGCUAAUUGUUAGACUUCCUAUGGGUAAAGUGGUAUGUAACAGUGACACAGAAGGGUACACAUGUUUUUUCCUUCACAAUAGAUAGUUAAUCAGUUUGUUAAAAAAUAAUAAUAAAAGAAACCUCUUCUGAAAUA